AUGCGUACCUCGUCGAUCGUCUGCGCGUCUCGUUCCGUUCCAAUCCCCUCGUUGCUUUCGGAUCCCGUGGACAUGGCGAAUCCGCGCGUGUACUUCGACGUGUCGAUCGGCGGCGAGCCGGAGGGUCGCGUGGUGAUGGAGCUGUUCAAAGACGCCGCGCCAAAGACGGUCGAGAAUUUCCGCGCGCUCUGCACGGGGGAGAAGGGCGUCGGAACGAGCACCGGCUUGCCGCUUCAUUUUAAAGGCUGCCCGUUCCACAGAGUCAUCAAGGGCUUCAUGAUGCAGGGGGGUGACUUCUCCAACAAGAACGGCACAGGGGGGGAGUCAAUUUACGGGGAGAAGUUUGAGGACGAGCCUGGGGGCUUGGCGCUCAAGCAUGACAAGCGUGGGGUUCUAUCCAUGGCGAACAGCGGGCCUGGCACGAAUGGCAGUCAGUUCUUCAUCACAUAUGGCCCCACGCCGCAUCUAGACGGCAAGCACUGCGUGUUUGGGCGGGUGCUGCGAGGAGGACAGGUGCUUCGAGCAGUGGAGAUCACACCCACCGACGGUUCAGAUCGUCCGUUGAGCGACGUCGUAAUCGACGAUUGUGGCGAGCUGGCAGAGGGGGAGGACGAUGGCACCAUGAACCACCCUGACGGAGACAAGUACCCCGACUGGCCCAGUGACUUGGACGAGAGGCCCACGGAGUGGCAGUGGUGGGUGGAGGCAGUCAAAUCAAUCAAAGACCUUGGCACCACGCACUUCAAGAACGGCGACUACCGCAUGGCAUUUCGGCGGUACCGCAAGGCCAUGGUGUAUUUGGACAAGGCAUGGGACAUGAAGGACAUCCCUGGAGAGACUCUGGAGGAGCUCCACACCAUACGGGACGCCCUUCUCAACAAUUACGCGGCGUGCAAGCUGAAGCGCGGGGACUUUGACGGUGCCAUUGAGGACAGCAGCUCCGUGCUGUCGAGAAACGAGAACAAUGCCAAAGCACUCUUCAGACGCGCCCAGGCAUAUUUGGGUCGCAAUGAGUUGGAACCAGCAAUUGCUGACCUGACACAGGCACUGAAGGUUGAACCAAACGAUGGUGGAAUCAAAAGAGAGCUUGCGGCUGCCAAGAAGAAGCUGGCAACAAGAAAGGAAAAGGAGAAGGCUGCAUAUGCUAAAAUAAUCGACCCGUCGGGGGAAGUUAGCAUCCUGGAAGUGGACAAAGGCACUCUCAUGCGCCGAUGCGACCUGCCUGGGCGAGACCUGCGGCUGUUGGACCCAGUGUUUGUGUAUCCGUCCACCAUCUUAGGGCGAGAGCGAGCAAUGGUGGUCAAUCUGGAGAGCAUUCGCUGCAUAAUCACUGCGGACGAGGUGCUCCUGUUGAAUGUCACCGACCCUGCUGUGCAGCAGUUCAAGCAGGCACUGCAGCGGCGGCUGCUGCUGGGCAUGGCUGCGCCCUCCGACUUCAGAGUGGCGUGGCGAACUGAGAGACCAGGCGAGAAUGGCUUCACACUCGAUGCUCCAGACGCCACCAUUCAGAGACGGGAGAUCAGCAGUGAGGACAUGUUCAGCGGGGCGGGCAGCACAGCAGAGGAGGACGACCUGCCCUUCGAGUUCAAGGCGCUUGAACUCGCACUCGAGCUCUCCUGCUCGGGCCUCGACCGCCAGGCGCAGGAGCUAGCACAGGAGGCGUACCCGCUAUUGGAGCGGCUGGCGUUUCAGAUCAGCACCACCAACCUGGAGCUCGUGCGGCGCAUCAAGAGCAGCCUGCUGGGUCUCACCCGCCGCGUGCAGAAGGUACCAUCUCCCUCCCGCCCGGCCCCUCCCCAGCCCCCUCUAUUCUAUGUGAGGGACGAGAUAGAGCAGCUGAUGGACGACGAUGGCGACAUGGCAGAGAUGUAUCUCACUCAGAAGCGCCUGCUGGCAGAGGAGCGCAGCGAGAGCGAGCGGUUGGGGGGCCACCGCGACGAUGGCAGCGACCACUCACACACACCCAGGGAGUCGCUUGGCGGGUUUGGGUCUUCCAUCUCUGCUCCGGUCUCCCCUGCUGGCUCGCCGCCGAAACAUGAGCGGCACUACUUGGACGGGCGGCCGUCGGGCCUGGGUGCAGCACCGCCGUCCAUCAGCUUCUGGAGUGGCGCUCACAGCGCCAGCGACAGCACGGCAACAUCUGUUGAGAAUGUGGAGGAACUAGAGAUGCUGCUGGAGGCAUACUUUGUGGUGAUUGACGGCACUCUCAACAAGCUGACGCAGCUGUCGCAAUACAUUGACGACACAGAGGAUUUCAUCAACAUUCAACUGGAUAACAACGAUCAACAGGCUCAGCAUGCCUGGGCUGGGUCUGCAAGUCUCAACAAGCUCAGCAAUAAGCUGACGCAGCUGUCGCAGUACAUUGACGACAUGGAGGACUUCAUUAAUAUUCAGCUGGAUAAUGUUCGGAACCAGCUCAUUCAGUUUGAGCUCAUCAUGACCACCGCUGCGGGCACGUUUGGGAUGAAUGUGCCGCUGGGGUUGGAGGAGGAUCCGUACGCCCUCAAGUGGAUCCUCAUUGACUCGGGCGUGGGCGGUGUCCUCAUCUUCCUCGCGUUCCUCGCAUUCUUCCGAUACAAGAACUGGACCAUCACAUGA